GGCCACCUCACGUUCUUCGCUCUCUCGCCCGUUGCUUCCCCUUCCCGCCAUUUUCCUCACCCACCCCCCUGCCAAUCUCUCAGUCGCCUUUCUCCUCAGAACCACAGCGCUCUUCACUUCUCAAGUCGCUCGUCGGUUACGGGUCUGUCGCGCUCACCCCGCCCCGCUCUCACCGAGGAUUCCGUUGAGCCAUGGAGAUGGAGGAAGACAGCCAUCUUGACAGCGGAGACUCCAACGGGGCGAUGGAUGCUUCACAGGAUAUUGAAGACAGUGGCAAGCGCCCUGCGGAGGACUCCGGAGAGGAGCAGUCGACCAAGCGGUCGCGCAACAACGACGAUUCCCGAGUGGAGCUGCGCGUCCUCAUGCAGAGCAGGAAUGCCGGAGCCGUGAUCGGCAAGGGAGGGAAACACAUCAAGGCUCUGCGAGCCGAUUACAAUGCCACCAUAACAGUUCCUGACAGCAGUGGUCCCGAGCGCAUUCUCAUCGUCAUCGCUUCCAUCGAGUCCAUCGGACACGUCAUGGGACACGUCAUCCCCGCACUCGAGGAGUACCAGCACUACAAGAACCGGGACUUUGAGUGCGAGACGCGGAUGCUGGUCCACCAGAGCCAGGCGGGAGGCAUCAUCGGACUCAAGGGGGCCAAGAUCAAGGAGCUCCGUGAUAGGACCAGCACCAGCAUCAAGGUGUUCCAGGAGUGUUGCCCCCGCUCCACGGACCGCGUGGUGCUCAUCUCCGGCAAGCCGGACAGCGUCGUGGAGUGCCUCAAGUCCAUCCUCUACGACCUGCAGGAGUCUCAGAUCAAGGGGCGAUCGCUGCCCUACGACCCCAACUUCUACGAUGAGACCUACGACUACGGCGGCUUCACCAUGGCCUACGACGAGAGGGGGGCGGGGCCCGGCGCGGGAUGGGGCCGCCCCCCGCCACGCCCCCCGCACCACGGCGGCGGCGGCGGCGGCGGCGGCGGCGGCGGCCGCUUCUACGACAGGGGCCCGGGGGGAGGCCGGCAGGGGCCACCGCCGGGGCCGCCCAUGGGGAUGCAGGGGGGGGGCGGAGGUGGGGGGAUGAGGGGGAGCCGGGAGGGACGAGGGGGAGGUCGCCCAGGUGAGCGUGGGGGUCGUGGUGGAGUGGGGGGUUACGGUGUUGGGCCCCCCAUGAGGUCCGGCGGCGGAUACGGAGGCGGAUACGACGAGGAAGACAUGUCUGGAUAUGGUCGAGGUGCAGCAGGGGGCGGUGGAGGGGGCGGUGGAGGGGGUGGAUCCUACGGCUCAAUGGGCGGCCCCGUGACCAGUUCACAGGUGUCCAUCCCCAAGGACCUGGCCGGCUCCAUCAUUGGCAAGGGUGGCAUGAGGAUUAAGCAGAUCCGUGCGGAGUCGGGCGCCUCCAUCAAGAUCGACGAGCCGUUGGAGGGUUCCGAGGAGAGAAUCAUCACCAUCACGGGCACGCAGGACCAGAUCCAGAAUGCUCAGUACCUGCUGCAGAACAGUGUGAAGCAAUACUCCGGACAGUUCUUUUAAAAGAGAAGAGAGAGAGAGAGAUCAUGCCACAGGAGUCCAUCGAACCAGCUCACACACACGCACACGGAGACACACUCGGAGACACACUCGGAGACACACACACACACUCGGAGACACUCUCGGAGACACUCUCGGAGACACUCUCGGAGACACACUCAGAGACACACUCACACACUCGGAGACACACUCGGAGACAC